CCCGAGCCGGGCGGGCGGGAUGCGGCGAGCCGAGCUCCGGGACGAGGGGGAAGCGGCGGCGGCGGCCUCGUACCGGGUGCUCAGCCGGCUGCUGGGCUAUGGGGCCGGGCCGCAGCCGGGCGGCGGCGGCGGCAAGGGCCCCGCUGAGGAGGGCGGCGCGGCCGGGGGGCCGCCGCUGAGGGGCUCCCGCCCGCCGCCGCCGCAGCUCAUGGUGUUCCGCAACGUGGGGCGGCCGGGCGAAGCGGGCGGCGGCGGGCCCGGCCCCUCGGAGCUGCUCUGCCCGCGGCACCGCUGCGCCCUGGAGCCCUCGGGGGAGCCGGGCUGGGGGGCGCUGCCGCCGGCCGGGCUGGAGCUGCAGCUGGCGGCGCUGGAGCUGCAGCGCGGGAAGGCGCCCGGCGGCGGCGGCGCGGUGCCCCUGCCUCCGCCUGCUGCCCGCGCCGGGCGGCCCGGCCGCCGGGAGACCAGCGACGCGCUGCUGGUGCUGGAGGCGCUGGAGCCCGACGAGGCCGAGAGCUGCGCCGAGGAGGGGCCGGGCAGCCCGGGCCGGGCCGUGGGCGGGAGGCCGGGGGGCCGGGCCCAGCCGCCGGCCGCCGCCGCCGCCGCCGCGCCCCUCGGCGCUCGGAAGGGCUCGCUCAAAAUCCGCCUCAGCCGCUUCUUCCGCACCAAGAGCUGCAGCGGCGCCUCGGCCGGGGGGGAGCCCGCCGCCGCCGCCGGCAGGAGGCGCUCCGGGGAGCUGCCCGCCUCGGCCGGGAGCCUGACCGACGUGUCCAGCCCCCGGGGCCGGGAGCGGGACGCGGGCAGGAAACCCCGAUUGACAAGAACUCAAAGUGCCUUUUCUCCGGUUGCUUUCAGCCCCCUCUUCACAGGUGAAACUGUGUCACUAGUGGAUGUGGACAUCUCCCAGCGAGGACUGACCUCGCCUCACCCUCCGACUCCUCCACCUCCACCACGGAGAAGCCUCAGCCUGCUAGAUGAUAUCAGUGGGACGCUGCCUACAUCUGUUCUAGUGGGUCCGAUGGGGUCUUCCCUGCAGUCUUUCCCUCUGCCUCCGCCUCCUCCACCCCAUGCCCCAGAUGCGUUUCCCCGGAUCGUCCCGUUCAGACCGACAGAGGCAGUGAACAGCCAGACCACCCAGCAUCUUCAGUGUCCUCUCUACCGACCAGAUGCAAGCAGCUUUGCAGCUAGCUUGCGAGAAUUGGAAAAGUGUGGUUGGUACUGGGGACCAAUGAACUGGGAAGAUGCGGAAAUGAAGCUGAAGGGGAAACCAGAUGGAUCCUUCCUGGUACGAGACAGUUCCGACCCUCGUUACAUCCUGAGCUUAAGCUUUCGAUCACAGGGUAUCACCCAUCACACCAGAAUGGAGCACUACAGAGGAACCUUCAGUCUGUGGUGUCACCCCAAGUUUGAGGAUCGCUGCCAGUCUGUGGUGGAGUUUAUAAAGAGAGCAAUCAUGCACUCGAAAAAUGGGAAGUUCCUUUACUUCCUGCGAUCCAGGGUUCCAGGUCUCCCUCCAACACCAGUCCAGCUCCUGUAUCCUGUCUCCAGGUUCAGCAACGUCAAAUCCCUCCAGCACCUUUGCCGCUUCCGGAUCAGGCAACUUGUCCGCAUAGACCACAUUCCAGAGCUCCCACUGCCCAAGCCUUUGAUCUCCUACAUCCGGAAGUUCUAUUACUACGACCCCCAAGAGGAGGUGUAUCUGUCACUGAAGGAAGCUCAGCUGAUUUCAAAACAGAAGCAGGAGACUGAAUCCUUGACGUAGCGAGGCUGCCUCGCCCAUCUUGUCACUGUCACAGACGGAAUUUGCUUGCUGAGAUCCUGUAGCAAAGAGCCUAAGCAAAGCUACAGCAGAAAGGAGGCCCGAGAAGGGGGAAGCCUGCCUCUGCAGUAGUGACUUCUGCUUGCAAGCUCUUUUGCCCUCUGAAGAGGAUUCAGGACCCCAAGAAGCACAGCAGAAUGGAAAUGAGAGCUCUGGCUCCUGGUUUGGGGAUGGAGCCUUUGACAGCAAGUGGACUGGAUCCCAGACUCCUCGCAGAAAGGAGAAUGUCAUGGCACUAUUUCUGAUUUACGUUUUUAUUUUUGGUGUUUCCGUUCCUCAGCAUGGGAAAUACUGUUUUUAAGAGCAGCUGGAUUUUGUAACACCGCAGAUUCGAGGGUGAGGGAAGAGAGGGAUCUCGCAGCAAGAGUAUCCAAUCCAGCCAUCCUGGUGAAACUGCUCUUUGGCUACCAUCCAUGUGGCUGUGGCCAAAGAGCUCUUGGGAAGCAAACUGAGCCAGAUUCGUGUGCAGCUAUGUAGAAUAAUUGUGGGGGGGAAUCAGCACUCAAACAGUGUGCAGCUGUGUAGAUCCUGUGCUUUCUAGGAGACUGGGCAAGAGCCAAACCUGUCCUCGUGUAGCCGAGAUUUCCUACUGGAUUGCAGAGUGGUCCUGUGCACUUUCACAUCCUACCCAAGGAGGGGAACAGAGCGUUCCCCAUUCAAAUGUUCUGAAGCCUUCUGCCAGUGAAAUAGCUUGUAGUGUUGCGGGGCAAGAGGCUAUCAGCCACCCAGCAAAUGCCAGAAGAUCUAGCCCAAGAGUUUUUCAGGCUAAAGUCCUUUACAGUUCCUCCUGUGAUAGCCGUGGAAUCUGGCAAAGCUGUUGUCUAAAUUCCAGCAACCCAUGAGUCAAGGGCAUUCCUGCCUCACUGAAGCAAUCUCAGCACUGCAGAGCCAUGGGGAGUUUUGUUAUGGCCUUUGUGCUGGCUAUUCCCAAAAGCUGCAAAUGAAAAGGCUUUUUAAUCAAAGAAGCAGUGUCGAAUCCUGACAACUAAUUGCUAAGGCUGUUGUGGGACAUCUGAGACUCAACAGACAGGAACACGGUUUUCACCCUAAUCCUAGUUUAGGUGGGAUGAUUCAGGAGAGAAGGGUGAUCACAACAUAAUUGGAGACCGCUUCCUGAUCUUCCUGUGAGGGUGAUGCUCUGUAUUUCUAGCCUUUCUGGUGAUGAACUAGAAUGUGAUGAUCUGGGAGUAACAAUCCCUGAAGAUGGGGCCAGUAACAGGAGAGCUAAAACAGUGUUGCUUCUACUGCAUUUGCUAUGUGUCUCCUAAAUUUUCCAUGGCUUACUGGGUUUGGCACUAGUAAUAGCUCUCUCAUCUCAAGGAGUCUGGUCUGCUGCUGCCUUUACAGCUGCUGAGGAGUUGUUUUCAUGGCAAAAUGUAGUGUCUGCCCUUUGGGGAUGAGACCUUUCUAAGGAGGGAUCUCACGUUCUGUAUAUUUAAACUAAAAAUUCCUCUCAACAUGACGCCUGUACACCUCCCCUCCCAGCAGCCUGGUGAUCUGGAAGUUGUGAUGUUUGUGUCUGGCACUCGGGUUGUGGUCGUCUUACCUAGCAGUCCUUUAGCUGAGUUCUGAGUGUCCCUUAUGUUGGAUGUAUCAGUUCGUGAGCCUUUAGGAUUUGCACCGUUCCUUAAGGAAUGAUGUACAUAUUGAGGUUAGAGAGAGUAGCAUGAAAUCUGCCUGGCUCUCUGUAAAGAGCUCCUAUAGAGGGGGCUGGAGGCCAGGGCUCUUCCUUUCCUGUGUAAAUGAGCACAGCUUCACUUCCGGAUGAAACCACAACAAAGUUUAAGCAGUCUCUAGAAAUACCUCAUCUGAAAACAAUUGCUACUGAAUCUGCAUCCCGUUGGUGGUUACCUAUUUGGGCAGGGGAUAGCAGAGAGGGAGGAAUACCCUCUGAGACUGGUCAUUUACAGUAUGUCUGCACUGCCCCCCCAAAAAACCAACCCAUGACUGCAAGUCUCGGAGCCUGGGUCAGGCUCCUGGGGGCUGAAAAAGCAGUGUAGAUGUUCCUUCUUUGAGCUGCAGUUCAGGCCCUGAGACCCACCUCCCUAACCAGGUUUCAGAGCCCAAGUGGGAACGUCUAUGCUGCUGUUUUUAGCCUGUUGAUCUGGACUCUGAGACUUGCUACUUUGGGUUACUGCAGUGUAGACAAAGCUGUAGCAUGUCUUGUUCCCUUGUGAAAUCUGGGUCCAUAGCACAACAUGACCCACCAGCGAGGCCUCCAGAAGUUUAAUCUCUCUCAUGAAUCCUAUGUUCUCCCUCUUUCUCCCCCGCCAGCUGGAGAUUUGCAGUUCACAUAGUCGUGGGUAUGGUUAAGAUUAAGGCGCACACAGCAAGUUGGGACGAAUGCUCCACAGCUCCCCAUCCGCGCCGCUUGGAUGCACAAGACUGAUUGCAUCUUCCUUUACAGUGGGAGGUGGCCUGGAUGUGACCGCGAUCGCUAGAUGUGUAAUCCCUCCAUCUUUGAUACACCUCAUCCUAGCCAUGGAUUGAGAAUCCAACUGUUCAACCUCCAGCAAAUUCAUACACUGGAAAAAUAUCUGCUUCCCCAGAGUGACUGCAAAGGAGGAUCUGACACCUCCAAAAUGUCUGUACAUUUAUGUGCAGCUGCAGACUGACAGCUUAUUAACCUUCCCUCUAAUUGGACAGCUCUGCGAGGCACUGGAUUGGGAGAGCAAUGCGGAGUGCGAAGGAGCUGGCUAUUGGAUUAGGAUGGUUCCUUGAUUUCUGCCAGCCGUGGCGAACACCUGCAAUCAACAUGGGUCUGGGAGUCUUGUGGGUCUGCUCGCAAGGAGUCAGGGGAGGACCUCCCCCCCCCAGCCCCCCCCACUAAAUUUGGAAGAUGUCUGUGCUGUUUCCCACAUACCUCCCACCCAGUUCUUUCUGGAGCUGAUAAAGAUUCAAGCUGUCAAAUUGAUGCUGGAUUUGGGGAAGCAAGAUGGAGAUUUAAAUAGCCAGGCUGGAAAAAGAAGAGGAAAUGCAUUUGGAAGGGCCAAACACUGAAAUAACCCAUAGAGUGAGCUACUAUCCCUAAAUGGGAUUGUCUGGGCAGGGAAUUUUUUUUGGAGGGGGCGGGAUAAAAACGCACAAAUCUACACCCCAGCAUUGGCUGGUUUAAAGAGAAAUGCUGAUCUCCGCUAUUCUGACCUCUUCAUUUUCUGGCAUGUUUUAAUUCUCCAUGUCCCUCUCCUUUUGUAAGCCCUGUGCAACUACUGAGGACUUGUUCCUGCUGAGCCAUUGAGUCCUAGGGCAGGUCAUGUACAUAAAACAUCAGGAGCAGUCCAAGAAGCAACGUAACUUUUUGUAAUGCUGUUGCGUCUGUAUUUGGUCUGCUGUGAGCAUCCUUGAAAAGGAAUUUCCCCCACAGGCUGUUUGGCAAUUUCUGCUGGUACUUGAAACUUGAACGCUGCAGUGGGUGAGCGUUCUAGCCGGAUGGUGGUCGGCUAACAAGGGCUGUGGCCUGCAUCCUUGAGCUGCUGGUCAGAGUUACUUUAUUUUCUCUGCCUGGUGCCAGGGAUUCCUUGGUAUGGAAUGGAAUGCUGUCUGCUACGGAGCAUAGGAGGUGUUAGGGGAAGCCUCAGUCUUACCAACAGGUAUCCCUAAAGCACCUUGCAAGAGUCAGAAGCUUAUCACAAUUUUACUAGCCUGUACUUUUUCCAUGGAGAAACGAACAAGGCUUUACCUGUCAGCAAAUUUCUCUGGGCAAGUAUAAUUUGUAAGGCUCAACUUUAGUUGCCUUCAACAAUAGGAAACUCCACCAAACUAUUACCACGGGCUUGCAGGGUUCUGCAUGCUAUAUCUUUAAAUGGGCUAAUCUGGAGCAUGUCUCAUUUCUUAUGCAAGAUCAUUUUAAUGUUCUGUGUUGAAUGGAGGCAGGCAUGGAAGCAAUGCACUGUGUAAGGGUGACAGGGUGCUACACACGUGCCCUGUAAAUUUACCCCACCUCCACAUUUCUGUGGCAUACCCAAGCAAAGGGAGGCACACGUACUGCAUAACCAUUCUGCUGCCUCUUUAGUAUCGCUUGGAUAACAUUCUCUACACUCUUGCAGUAAAUAAUUCUUUUGAAAUCCAUGUUUAAAAGAAGUUCAUAUUGAAAGCACCUCUUAUCACUUCAUGACUAGGUUUCUGAGCUGGUAGCUCUUCCUGCUGGAGCGAUGGGAACUUCAUAGACUCUAGCAGCAGGUAUAAACGUUUUUACUGCUCCAAUUCAGAGACUAUCAAAGUCUGAGGGGAAUGGACAGAGACUUCUCCUCUCCAAAUGGGCACUGUUCUUCCUUACUGGAUGUAGCAGGCCUGUGGAUGGAGAUCUUAUAGGUGACCUGUUCCUAGUUCCCUUUUUGUCAGUGAUCCUCAUGUAGGGAGGAACAUUUCACAUUUUUACGGGAAUUUUUUGUAGUAGGUUAGUGGGCUUAUCUAGAUUUAAAGGGACACUAUCAACUUGAUUCUCUUAAAGUUACUGGGAGUGUCCUUUAGUGUCCUGAUCUCUUAAUUCCUUUAAGAAAAUGUAAGUUUGAUACGUUCAUAAAUAGGAUUAUAUGAUGGGGGUUUGCCUGUGAUAGCAGGGGACUGGAUGAGAUGACCCAAGGAGGUCCCUUAGAGUCCUGUAACCAUGGGGGUUUUUCUGCUGCAGAUUAUUGGGGCCCUGUUUAGUAAGGGAGAAUGUGACUAUUGAUGGGGCAAGGGAGAUGGAUAGUGAAACUGACUAAUAUUAAAAGUGCUGUCAAAUGCACAAAUUAAAGUUGAAAGAAAUCUCUUCCAUGGUCUUUUCAAGGAUGCUGAUCUUCAAUGUAACUACAGCUGGUACAAAAUUUCUUAGUCAAACGUAUUCAAGUUGACAAGGUGCCUUUAAAGGCAGCUAGCUCAAACACCAAAUUUGUCCAGUUGCAUACGUCACCAUCUUUCUUUUCACGGCAGCAGUGUCUAUAGCUAGUGAGAUGACUUGACUUGCUCCUGGGGAGUAAACUUUCUUUUAAUAAAAACAGCAACUGUUUUGAGUUUCAGGUGCAAUUUACUUCUGAGGAUGACCUGACGUGGGAAGAGGGAAGAACACAGUUGAUGUCCCCAGUGUUGUUACACUGCAGACAUUUUCACUUGUGAGAUGUUAAUUUAGGAAGCCAGCUGUCACCUUUAAAGCUAGAGCAGGGGGCUCAGGAUUUGAACUGUGGGGCUCCCAUAUUUAAGUCAAAAACUAAGUGUAGAAAUUUUUGAAGACCUCUUCUCUGAAGGGGAAACCAGCGCUGAAAAUCAAAUGGUGUUUCAAAUAUUUGGCUCAGUCUUCAAACCCAUUUCAGGAACGAGCUGCUUCUGGGGCUAACAGAGCAAAAGCUGAAUCCUGGUUGGGUUGGGAGUGUUGCAGCUGGGCUAUAGAGACCCCCUGGUGCCAGGGAGGGAAUUUCUAAUCUUGCUGCACGUCUUCCAGGCACAUGGCACCACAUUACACAUCCAGCACUUGAAGACCCCAGAAGUGUUCGUUUCUGAUCAGGGGACUGUGCCACUGUGCCCCUCUGGUAGUUGGGCUCGUACCUCUUUGGUGACACCAGCCAGGUACGUGGUCACGUAUCUUGUAGGAUAGACAAGUACAUAAGCCUCUUCACUGAGCUUACAACAGCUGUUCAUGGAGCUGAGCAGGAUCAGGGAAUUCUUGUGCAGGUGAUGGCCAGUGGUGGGAUUUUUCUGGCUCGCUGUAGGGCUGGCAAUAAGGGAAUCCAGGCAGCAGAGUUUGCUGAAGGAGUCAUCUAACUGGCUAAACGUACAGGGCGUGGGAAGAAUUGGCUUGUGCCCUUUCUCUAUUCAUCACAAUUUGUAAAUAGGGCCUCAGGUUUGACUUGUGUCCUACCAUUAAAAUCACUGUCAGGUCUAGGCCUCCCUGUUGGACCACUCAUUGGAGAUCUCGGAUGUGCAUUCAGUUGUCUCAGCUUUCAGUUGAACUUUCCACAAUCCUAGGUGCCCCAUAGCGUCUUCUAGGUAAAACAAGGUAGACAAGACCUGAAGUUCUAAUCUACAAAUUAGGGGCAGGUGAGUCCCAAGGGGAUACCAUACUCUGCUAGGUGUUAGACCUGGGUUCUGUCUCUCUGCUACUGACUUGCCACGGUGAGACCUCAGUCAAGUCUCUUAAAUGCUGUGCCUGAUUCCCCAGUUGUAAAAUGGGGCAAAAGAUGCUUCCUUUUAAAGUGCUUUGAGAUGAAAAAUGCUAUCGGUGCUAAUCAAGAAAAAUGCCGGCACACACGCGCGUGCUCAAAACAGAACAAAAACGUCCAAGCCUUAACACAAAAAAGGGGCCCACCCGCUCUUUUUUUCUUUGAACGUCACUCUGUGACCAAUACAAAAAACACUGGAGUAGCAGCCUCCUAUCCUGUUUUAAAAAUUGAGCUUCUACAUAUAUAGGCAAAUAUCUACUGUAUUUGAUUUUGAUUCAUUUCAAUCCAAGUAGCAUGCAAAAUUCUUGCAUAGCUCAAAGACCCUGACUCUUGGGCAAUGCAGAUAAGGAACUUCCCUCUGUGUGGUGCAUGUUGUAAACCAAGUGGAUAAAAGCUUCUGCUCUGACUUGUUUCCAAGCCCAGCGCUCUUUAACCACCAUCCAGCAGAAAUGCGGCUUUGCUUAAUUUUUUGGUCUUUUUUUUGAUGUUGCUUAAUUUAUUAAAGUAGUUGCUGUAUAAUUUAUUUUCAUAAACUCUAUAAAAAGUUACUAAAUGGUAAACAGACUUGCAGGCCAAUCUUUAAAAAAAAAUAGUUUUUUGAUAAAAACAUAACAAAUGCA